CAUAUCUUCUUUCUCAUGGUCAAAGGCUCAUAUGCUCACUAACGCCACCGGCCACCGAUCAUGGAUGAUCUCUCAUUCUUCGAUCAUCGACUACUCCUACCGGUGACGACCCUAAACCGUCCUAAAACAAACAACACUUCAAAAUCUGGUCUAAACUCCUCUUUUAUUUCCAAUUGAAACCUAGAGUACCCGAUCGCCGCCCUUUUCUCCAUCUACCACUGGCCAUGGCUAAAGAACCUAAACCUAGUCUUCUCAUUCUAAAAAAAAAGCUUAAAGAGCACAAGAAUACCCCCUACACACUCAAUACGGAACCUAAAAAUGACAUGCAAGCAUCUAAUCUCUAUACUGCUCCCUUGACGGUCACCAAAACAACUGCUCCCUUGACGGUCACCAAAACAACUGGAGGGACCUCACACACGAAUCUCAACGCUGCGCAGGGAGAGAGCUCUACAACAUUUCACCGACAAGGGAGGUCCAUCGUCCUCUGCCACCGCUCGUCGUCGUUCGACAUAGCCUCUGAUGGUCGUUCGAUGCUAGAUCUUUACGGGAGGUCCGUCUUGAUGCCGGGAACUUGGAUUCGGUCUCAGUUUUAUGAGAAGCUACUCUCGACUCGACGAAAAUAUCAGAGACUUUUCGAUUCUUUACUUCUCUGAUUUAUCCUCCACCUUCAGAUCUUCAUGAGAUCGAGUAUGUGGUCUCCCUAGCCAUUAUCUCAUUGUACACCAUUGGGAUUUGGGAACCAAUCGAUAGAGCCAACUGUCAGAAAAACCAACCAUGAGGCUUUUCAUUUUUUUCCUUUUUUACUUUGAAUAUGUUUUUCGAUUAUUUCUUUAAAUGGUAGCUGAGUUUUCUUCUUUUGUUGUGCUUUUUGUUGUAAAAAAACUCUCGAAUUGUUCCUUUUUAUUAUGAUGGCUCUUCUGCAAUUUUCGUUCUUUUUUGGUUUUUUUAAUGGCCUCAAAAAUGGUUGCUUGUUCCCCUUGAUUUCUUUGUUGUUGAUGGUUUUUUUUCAUUUUUCUUGUUUGGGUGAAAGCUGUCUGAA